AAAUUAACUCCCUCCCAAAUUCUAGUUCCCACUUUCCCCAAUAUAAAUUUUCCUCUUAACAUAAAUUAACCUCCCCCAAUUCAUCCGCAUCCGUUCCCUGACUCCCUCUCCUAACCUCUCCAAUACUUUCAUCGAUCUCCUGUCUCUAUAUAACCGCUAUGGUUGAGGAACCGUAAUGGUGAUGAUUGUCGACGGUGGUUUUCUUCGAUGAUUCUCCAAGCGCCUGCCCCUGUCAUUCUUUAAGGAGACCAUUAUUAUUAUUGGAUGCACAAAAAUAAAAGGGAAUGUGAUCAGAAGCCUUGAGACGCAAGUGACAUUAUUUUGGACAAAUUAGAGGAUGCUAUUUAUUUUUCAAAUGGGCCAAGCCCAUGAUACAUGAUACGAAUGAGAGGCCAUUCUUGAAUAUAAUACAUCAACAGCAAGAAGUGGGAGGCGGCAAUCAGAGGUGAUCAGCCGCACAUCAUAGGACGAACAGAAGACAUCAAGGGAGCCGCAUAUCUAUCUUGGAGAGACGCACGAAAGAAAAAGAAUCACAUAUUCUCCAGAUUCGUUUUUUUGGACUGUUCGCCGCCCUAAUCUGUUUUGUUCGUUCGAUUAUUUAGUAAUGGAAGAUAAAAGUAUGCAAGGACAAAGCUCCAAAAGACGUAUGAAUGCUGAUGAAAAGAGUAGAAUGUCAAGGAUUCAAGAGAACCAAAAAAAAUUACAAGCUUUGGGAUUGAAAAAUAUUGUUAAAUCUUUGAGAAGUCUAGCAGAGAGUGACAAAACAAAGAAAAAGAAAUCAAUGGAUACCAGCGAGAAAGAUAUACAUGUAGAGUAUAUGCCUGGUUCUAAUGUUGAUGUUGAGCAAGAUUAUCAAGAAGCUGCUACAAAAAUCUCUAAAAAGUCCCUGAAAAGAUAUACUAAUUUAGCACAGAAACGAUUCAUUGCUCCGACUGUCUCUCGUGUGCUAACAUCUUCAGAAUCUCAUAUGCAAAAGAGACAAGUAAUUGAUACAAGAGGGAGAUCAAUUGUAGCUAAGAGAAAGUUAUUUGCUGUUGACAAUGAUGAUGACCACGGUGAGCGUGACAUGAGAUUUCAUGAUAUCAAUGAAGAACAAGAUAAUGUUGAAUUUGAUGAUAUUGAAGAUAUAGAUAUGAAUGAAGCUUAUGAAGAACAAGAUAGUUUUAAAGAUGAUGGAGAUAAAGACAUGGAAGAUUUAGAAAAGGUGAAUGAUUUAGAAAAUCAGAACGAUGAACUGGUUGAAGAAGAAUGUGAAGUUCCAGAAAAUGAAGAAGAGCAUGAAGUUUCACAACAAGAAAAUGAGGCAGUUCGGAAUGUACGUAAAAGAGUGAGAGGACCAACGCAUAUGCCAAAGGUUUGGGCCCAAGAAAAAGGGGAUAGAAUUCCUAUUUUAGUUAAUACACACGGACAACCUAUUAAUGACAAAAGUAGUCAACUGACCCAUUUCAUGGGAACCCUUUCAUGGAGUGGAAAAUAUUGUCCGAUUUAUAAACCAUGGAAUAAAGUUAAGGCCGCAAAAACACAAGCGUUGCUUGCACUCUUAAAGACAAAAUUUGAUAUUCCUGAAGUUGCUAAAGGCUGGAUAUUGCAAUCAUUUGGGCGGAAGGUGAAGAACUGGAGGGCAAGAGUUAAGGACUUACUAGUUUGGGGUUAUGCGGUUAUGUAUGGUCUGGGUGUUCGUGCCGCUGAUGUUUGGGGUGUAAUACCAAGUCGUUUGACAUGUCAUAGAGAAAACAUCCAAUUGAAGUCUCAAUGUGAAGAACUUACUAGUAUUGUGGUCCAUUUACGAGCCCAAGUAUCAGAGAUGGAAGGGUUGAGGGGUGGUUCCAGUGUUCAACCUCUUGCAUCACAACAUUUCCCCAAUGUAACCAAUGGACAUCAACGUUUACGUGUCGGAUAUGAAGUUUUCCUCAAAAGCAUUCUAAACUCUACCGAGAUUGUAGCAAGAGGAAGGGUCCAGACCCAAAUGAUCUGGUUUGUGGUACAGAGAUUGGACCAGAAUGGUGUGAGGUAAACGUUAAGUACCAAUAAAAAAGAUGAAAACUUGGUAAGACCAUAUGGUUUAUUUUCUACAAUUCAAGAUUGUAUUGGUGCAUCCAUCGCAUGGCCUUAUCCAUUUAUCUCGGUAGUCCAUGAGGAUUGAGGACGCAUGAUGACUCAAUAUUUUAUACUUCUUAUUUCUUUAAUUGCUUUUAAUUUCUUUGUUAAAUAUUAAGACUUUAUGUUAGAUAAUGUUAAAACUUAUUUAUGGAUAGUGUUUUUGUUAUGAACAUGCUUAUUUGAAAUA